AUGACCAGGAAACAGGCGAUUGAGUAUGCUCUGGUUAAAAUACCCGAAAUUCUUCCCUUGGAGAAACUCGAGGUUGAAAACUUAUGCGAACAGAUACUCGAAACAAAUCACGAUCCAGAGAGCAUCGCGGAAGCUUUCUUAGGCAUUUUGGGGCAAGACGAUUUACCCUUUGAAUUUGUAUUCAAGUUCAACGAGAUUUUGGAUUUACGGGAUGACACUGAUGCAAAGCCGGACUCUGCAGCUACAAGUAUACCCAAAUUCGAGCAGCAGGAAAAGAGAAAGGAAAGAUCGGAAACGCAUAGUAAGUUAAAAUCUCCCCAAAGUAAGAUAGAGCCUUCCCAAAGUAAACCUUUGAAAAGUGAUGGAAAAAUCCAAUCUUCUGGACGGAAACCUGUUUCUGCUAAGCACUCAGAAAAGGUAACAAAUAACGGGCCAUCGAAGAAAACGAAAAGUUCCAAGCAAACUAAGCUACAAUCAUUACAAGAAAUUAACGAUGCUUUGAACCUUUUGACUAUGAAUCGCGACAAAGUAGAUGCUACGCAAUAUAAAUGUAACUGCCAAGGUAACGUCCACCCUAUAUUUUCAAUUGCACCAAACUGUCUUUUUUGCGGAAAAAUUGUAUGCAUCAAGGAAGGGCUUCAUUUAAACGACUGUGCCUUUUGUGGCGCUGAGUUGAUUCCUUUCAAAGAAAGAAUGGAGCUGGUUGAGGCUCUCAAAAUGGAGGAAAAUGAAAUCAAUGAUGUUUCCAAGUCUGAAACCGCUGCCAAAAGAACCGGUGAACCGAAGAAAAAACCUGUAAAGACGUAUAAGAUUUCUUCCGGUAUGGGGAAGAAUUUAUUUGCUCAACAAGAUAAACUGUUUGACUUUAUAGAGAGACAAAAGGAAAGAGAAAGGAAAAGAGAAGAGGUUCUUCGAGAGAAAACUGAGGAACAAAUAAUGCAGGAAGCUACAGAACGGAAAGAGGAAAGCGAAAAGAAUGUGGAUAAAGACCUAAGAGAUGCUCAAGAAAGAUUAGACAACCUUUUGCAUUUUCAGGAUACGUCAGCGCAACGGACCAAAAUUAUCGACAAUGCCAGUGAUUUUAGCAUGUCCAAUGAAAGCGGUCUAUGGGGCGAUGCCAGAGAGAGAGCUUUAAUGCUAAAGAAACAGCAGAGAAACAUGAGGAAAUGGGAAAAUCUAGAAAAAGAGAGGAACGGUCGGCGUGACAAGUAUGUUGUUAGUAUGGAUAUCAAAUUAGACGGUAAAGUUGUUAUGAAAGAGGUUGUUAAAGACAAUAACGCUGUGUAUGCGAAUUCAGAUGAGGAGUUGGAAAAUAUCAGCGACGAAGAUGAUGCCAGAGAUCUGAUGGAUAUAAAGAAAUACAAGGAGGAGCUGUCGGCAGAAAAAGAAUUACACAAUGCAAAGUUGGAGUCCAAUAUAUGGGACUACGAAAAGGACAAGGCACAAUUUGAGCGUCCCAUGUAUGUCGGAACCUCUCCAGAACCUGAAGAGAGUAACAUAACUGAGAGUAACGGAACCGAGAGAAAAUGGAAAUCCAGAAUUCAAGUUAUACCGGAUGAUGAAACUUCAUUGGAACAAAAUAUUCUUGCAGCUUUGUAA